AUGCGACCUAUACUGAUGUUCUUUGGCAAACACGCAACGCAAAUGGGGGAUGACAUCACUAGGGACAGGCAGUUAGCUCACCCAGUAACUAUUUCAUCAACCCUACUACCAAUACCAGAUAGUGGAACAGAGUCUCUUACCAUUUUGGACAGUUUACUGAAAGAGUUCUUUGAUUACAAGACCUCAAAUGAGAGAAAACAAGAAAUAGAAACAGUGCUUGGCGAGUUUGGCAGCCAAAGAGAUGCCUGGAAACAUUGCAUCUAUUACUUAAAUAACACAACUAACAAUUUCAUAUGCAUGUUUUGCCUUGCUACAUUAGAGAAAAUAAUCACCAAACAAUGGAUGCAGCUUAUGUGGGAAGAAAGAUCCCAGUUGCGUACCCUUCUUUACCAAUAUACACUUCAGAGACAUGCUCUUGUUCCUGUCUUCAUUAGAAACAAACUCCUGAAACUAGUUGUUGAUAUUGCUAGAUAUGAUUGGCCUCAUUUCUAUCCAGAUUUCUUCUCUAAUAUUCUCACACUGAUGGAGGGCAGUGACACUAGAGUUCUGGGGCUGGCAUUUCUGCAGACUGCUUCUGAGGAGCUCAUCUGUCCGCGAGAGGAUCUCAGUGUUUCUAGAAAAGAGGAACUCAAGAGACUGUUUUUAGCACACAUUCCUCAAGUAUUCAACAGUAUUACAGGACUGCUCGAUGAGGCUAAGAACAAAGGAGGCAACGACAGCACGGUGAUAUUGGCUAACCUCCAAGCGUUAGCUCACCUGUUCUCAUGGAUUCCAUUGGCGGAUGUCAAUUGUCUUCAAUUGCUUUCAUUAGUGACUCACUUCGCCUUACAGCCCGACACAUGUGGCCUCCAUGGACUGUCUGCACUGAACGAACUGUUAUACAAUAAUUGUGUUCCUACCACAUUCCAGAAUGCGCUGCUUUCUCUGUGCAGCCAUAACAACACACUUCUAAGGACAGCACUGUCAACCAACAUGGCAGAGCUUGAUCCAGAGUAUGAAGAGGUGUUAGUUACCUUAGUCCAUGCCCUCCUGAAGAAACUUCAAGGACAUCGUGACUUGGACAAUGAAAUACUUGAUAGUGAUGAAGAAACUGAGAGGCAGAAGUUCCUGAGACAAAUCAUUGAAGUUAUUGCAAAGGUGGCAGAGCUGGCUCCAACACAGACUUGCACACUUGUAUUGGAAUGCUGGCAGCCACUCAUGUCCCAGUAUUCCACCCUACUCUGCUCUGGAGCGACAGAGAACCCUGAUGGAGAUUGGGUUGCCGACUGCGCUGCGCUGACUCAAUGUGUGGCUCGCCUUUACUCACAGAUGUUAGUUGCUGCUGUUCCUCACAACCUGGCCUCAUUAUUUGCCAACUUAGCAGCCCAAGCGACUCAGUCUCGCCUCCAUGACCGUCCCCAGUAUGGUAACAUGCGAACUGAGCUAAUCGAGUUACAUAGCCAGAUAGUAGCAGGACUGUCAGCAUGUAUGUGCGAGAGUGUCGUGGAGACCAGCCUCACUGCCAUCUUGCCCCUUCUCACGGAGCCGACAGCCUACAGGCUCCAGCAUUCAGCUGCCCAUGUCCUCAACACGGUCUGCCUCCAGCGUGCGCCGCAGCGCUCACUAGAUCAACUCUAUAGUCUCUUCACCACCAAUAUCUCACAUUUGCCCAAGGAUACACUUAGCAUCGUCUACUGUGCACUGGUCCGAUGCCUUCUCUCCUGGAAGUGGGAAUCAGACUCAACUAGGGUGCAACUGUUGGCUGGCUUGGUUGAGUCGAUGUCCCCGACCGGCGGCCAGGUUCAAGACCUGACUCAUAUCACAGCUGUUCUCCUCCAUGCCAAGCCUGACACCUCAUCAGCUAAGAAGCUUCUCUUCACCGCUGUUCAGCCAGUACUGCAACAAGUGUUGAACGACUUCCCGAGGGUGUUAAAAACGAAGCCCGAGCAGUGUGACGCCAUGUUGACCCUCUUCUUGGAAGCAUUCAGAGCUCUGCAGCACCAGAUGGGAGCACAGUUCACCCAGAGAGCUGUCCAUACUUUUAUAUCCUGCUUUACCCAGUGUGAGAUCUCCGAGGUGUCUUGUGGAGUGGACAAGUUGCUGCAGCUGUUGACGCUGGUUAUAGAGCAGCCUGCUGCCUCAUUCAAACACUUUGUUCCCAGCUGUAUUGCGCUCUGCUUAGAGAACAUCCUGCCAUCGGGUGCUGUACAGGACUGUCAGCCUGUAUUAGAACAUGGUGACCAGCUCGCUGCUAUCUUGACAGCAUUUGGGCAGUCGCUGACUCAGCCUGACCUUUCAAUAUUCUCACAGAACCUGCAAGCGCUUGAGUCUAUCAACCAUAAGUGGAAGCUUUACCACAAGGAUAUGUUUCGAGUACAAUUCCUGGCACUGCUGCUUACAGUGUUGUUGACCAAUUUGAUAAAUAAGACCCAUGCGCUGUUCAAUGAGGAGAUAGCUACAGCUAUCUACAAUAUGGCUGCUGUUAACUUUGACACUUUCUUCAACUCAUUUCUGCCUCAGUUCCUGUCACAAACAUCCGGCUUAGAUGACACCCAAAGAGACAUCUUGAAGAAAAACAUCAAACCGGACACUGACUUACCAUCAUUCACUCAAAACAUCUUCCGCUUGGCUAAUGAUGUGCGAUGCUACAGACUAUGCAACCAAGGCGCCAACUGAGCACAGCCCGCGCCUCAGCCUGGCCCGUCUACACCGGCCCCUGCCGUUACUGUCUAGCCGAGGCGUGGACUACAUUCUGUGUGUGCUUGUGUUUCUUUUUUACAUUCUAUACUGACCUGUUUAUUUGUGUCAGUGUUAUAGUGUAGCCAGUAUAGGCCUGGGCUGAGCGCGCUUGAUAUAAUAAUCUAUUUUUUAAUGUUUAUUGUAGAAUCUCUGAAUAAUUGUCUCCUUCUUUAUCCAUUAUGCAGGGUGAAUGAGCAAUUAUUGACUAAUCUUUAUCAUUGUAGGACCUGUUUGUCAUGGAGAACUUGAAAAUUAUUUCUUGAAACCAAGAGAGCUUAUCUUGUUUGAUUGCUGAUAAUAAAAAAAAAUUUGCUGUUUUAAUUUGCUUUUGAAUUCAACUGAUUGUUGCUUUGUGUAAAUGGUGAAGGAAUAUGCCCCCCUUUUUUUUUUUUUUAAUAAUGUUCGAUGUGAAUCUCUUAUCUGUGACCAAUUUUUUCUUUGCCAAAUAUGUUUACAUAUAUAUAUAAACAGAUUGAAAUUGUGAAGUUUGGUACAGUAGUGGUAUAACCAUAGACAAAGGAUUACAACCUGCUUACUUUUACUUAAACAUACUUGCUUCUCUUGAAUCUGUCCAGCAGUUUAUGCUGCUUCACAUUCCUGCAUGUUGUAGUUGGUUGGUGGUUUUAGUUUCUCCAUUCGCACAAAUUAAGUGAUUGGUGUGCCAUUCUUGUUUGUUUUUUUCUCAUGAUAGCUGGCGUGUAUUAGGUGCAUUUUAUUUUCAUUCUUAUUUAUUCUUUACUAGUCAUGAUUAGAGUGAAGAUGUGACACUAUAACUAUCUAGUUUUGAUUCUAGUUAUAUUUUGUGAUGGAAUUUGACGGAAAACGAAUUUAUUUUUGAGAAAUAAAUUGAUUUAAAUUCUACUUACAUGGCUAAGUAGGCAUGCUUUCGUUGCGGAACAAAAAUUACCAUUUUUAAGUUCCUUUAUUCAUGUAUUGAUGUGCAAUUUUUGUUUUAUAUUUUUGUAAUUAUUAAUGUGUUUGAAAUUUAUGUUUUUGAAGACAUUUCUUGAAGGAGCUGUGGUUUAUAAGAGCAUUCGAAUUUAAAUAUCACCUGAUUAUUUAAAAGUUAAAUAUAAUAGAUAUUUUAUGAGACAUGUUUUAAUCUAAUUGUGAUAGGAUUUUACCUUUGUAAAAUAAUUUUAAAGAAACAUUUUUAAUAGAUUUAAGAUAUAUAUUAAUAUAUAUAUAAGUAUGCUACUGAUUUACUCAAGGUUUUCCAUUAGAAAAACUAUAGAUUAAAGAGAAAUAUUUCCAUUUAAUAGCUGAUAAAAACCAUAUAUUAUUUUAAAUUAAAUAAUCUCAGUUUAUUAAAUUGCAAGGUAAUUUAUUUAUAUUCUUCUGUUCAUCCAGGUUUUAAUAAUGUAUUGUGACGAUUUAUUAUUUUUGUUUGGAUACAAUAAAAGUUGUAUAAGUUUGUUAAACAUAGUAAAACUACCAAUAUAAUUUAUUACUUUGUGUAAGUUUUUACGAACUAUUUCAGUUAAUUGUGUUCAUUGUUCUCAUAUAAUUUUUAUUUAUUUUUUUUUCAAAUUUUGUAUUACAAAUUUAUAUUUAUUAAUAAAAUUCAAUCUUAAAAAGAAUAUCUACUUUGUUUUAUCUGUACCCCAAUUUUGGCUUUCCAGCUUGACUAUUAUAGAUAGUCAGUGACAAAUGAUAAUUUUGUCAAGGACCAAUCAGAUUAUAUAUUAUUUACUUGUAACACAAAAUUUGAAAUCUUAACUCUACUUAGAUCUAAUUAUUCAUCUGGAGCAUAUGAUCAGUUGAGAAUAUAAGGUUCUCAUGAUUCUUAAUUAUAACUCAAACUCGUCUUUGCUGUGAAAUGCCAUACAAUACAAUACAUAGAAUUUAAAAAUACAGAAAUUAUGUAGUAGUAGCUGUAAUACAUUUUUUUUUUCUAAGCCUAAGGAGGAGCCAAGCUUACAUCGCGGACACCUCCAAGGCAUGUUUAAUCACUGAAUACUCUAACAAUUUGAAUACAGGAGCAAAGACCAUGUCCACUCGAUAAGAGUGACAAAUACCAUACAAUAAAUAAAAUUUAAAAAUAUAGAAACUGUAGCAGCUUCAAUAAAUUAUUUUCAAAACCAGUCAUUACAUUAAGAUGAAUAGGGACUGCACAAAAGUCUAAAAAGUAGAGGGGCAAUUCCUCUUUCAACUGCUAAUAUUUUGGAAAAGCUGGGUAUUGAAAGGAAUCAGCUACAGAGCAUGGUCGAAUCAAUAAUUUUAGACUCGCUGGGAAUCCUGCACCAUCACCUAUAUUCAUUCUGGCCAUUGCUCCAUGAAUUCUAGGAACAGAAAUGAGGAAAAAAUAAAACAAUAAAUAAAUGAUAACAUUAGACAUUUAGGAUGGUAGUCUCCUAAAGCUUUAUCCUUUUUAUGUUCUUUUAUUAAAUAUUAUCAAUUAAACCGAUCAGUAUACUGUCAUUUAUAGCAACUCAUACAGUUAAGCAGCCUUAGAACUACGUAGAUUCAGGAGUGAGUUAGACGAACAGAUGUCAUUUAAAUAUAUAAAAAAGAAAGAGCAUUGCAGACUUGCGAUUCAAAGAGACCCAUUAGGAAUGUAGCAUACUUAAUAAUGGAUUUUUUAAAGGGAUCCAUUUUAUGAAUAGAGUUAUAAGGGACAAGAUAAAAUGGUGGAGAUGUGAAUUUCAGAUUAAACUUGAUAGUUCUGCUAGAGUAUAACUCCAUAUAUUCUGGGGCUAGUUAUAAGAUGUACAACAAAGUAAGGAAUAAAAACAUAUUAAAUGAAUUAGACUAGCCUCUACAGUGUGGUAGAUUUGUAAGAGAGAGUUUAAUAAACAAUGAGAAAAAAUUAAUAAUAACGUUGAAACUUUCAUAAUAUGGAAAGAAAAUCAUUAAACAAUAAGUUAGCAUCUUUUGAAAAUGGGGGGGGAGAAAGCCUGGAACAUCAAAGUAAUAAAGGAAAGCAAAAAAAUAAUAUGAAGAACUUGUUAAUCCUUCCUGCAGAAUUUUAUAAUAAAAAUGAGGAGCAGGCCUUUGGGUAGGAUACAAUUUAGAAAAAAGUUAUUUUUUCUUUGUUAUUGGUAUUUAUUAAUUUUUUUAAAUAUUUUAAUAUCUAUACUAUAAAAAAAAGUAUAAAUACCAUUGUUCUAAUUAUUUGUCUUUUGCACAUAUUUCACUUAACUCGUACUUAAAGUAGAAACACAUAAACUGUACUCUUAUACAAUGAUUGGAACUAAUCAUACUAAAUUAAAAAAAGAUGGAUAGGUAAUAGACAAAAUAUAAUGUGCACGCCCAUUCUCAAAACAUAGUCUGUCUGAUUGGAAACUAACAGGCUAAGUAUUAACCUACCUUAGUACUUCUAUUAUUGCAACAAUAACAACAGUUUAUUCACUGCCUUCAAUGAGUAAAAUACACUUUUACAAAGACCUUCCUCAACAUAAACUUAUCAAUAGUGAAACAAUAUUAAAAUUGUUAAUUAACAAAUAAUCCUAACAAGGAAUAUUAUGUAAGACAUUAUUAAUAAAUACCUUUUUUUUUAAUUCUUUAUACAUAUAAACAUAUGAACAAUUAUCUUACAAAAAUAUAAAAUUAGAUUAAAAACAAAACAAAAAAUUUACAUUACAAAUUAUCAAAGCUAGGCAGUAAGUAACAGAGUAUUAGGAGAAAGAUCUGCUCCUGUUCACAUAAACAUGACUCGAGGGCAAGUAAGAUACAUCCAACACCAAUUGUCAAGAUUUAGGAACAUUUCAGCAUAAUAAUUACUUUAAUACGUUUUAAUGUUGCUAUAUCAUCAUCAUCGAUAAUAAAGUUUGUUGGAUGAAAGGUACUUCUUCAAUACACAUCUCAUUCUGCAACUAUGAAUUAUUACUCCAAGGAAAUAUCGAAAUACAAGAUUUUUUAACAACCUAGCUUAACAGAAGCAUUUCCACUUCUCUUAGGCAAAUGAUAGAUAUAAAAUUAAAUCAAAUGAUAUUUCAAUAUUAUUGAAAUGUAUAAAAUAGAAAAUGCAUUUUUAUAUUUAAAUGCCCAACAUGCUGACAUUUCAUGCCAAAUGUAUAUAGUUAGCAUUUCCUUGGUCUAAAGAUCAAUAAAUAAAUAAAACCAAGAGCAGGACUGAAGACAGCUUUGAUAUAAAACAUUGCAAGUAGAAAAAAUAAAGCAAACAACAUAAACUAUAUAAAAAUCAAUAAGUACUAACAACACAGUUUUAAUAAAUAUGAUGAUUUCAUUCCAUUGAAAUACUUUUUAUACCAUACUUUAAACUUCAGAAAGAUUAAGAUAAGGAAGUGUGUCCUAUCAUGGAGCACAGCAUGAUUCAGUAGGAUUUCAGGAAAAGCAUUUCAAGUUGUCUUUCCUUUUGAAAUUAAAAUAGGUAACGGUAAUGAAUAAAAACCUAAUAUUUGCAGUUUUAACAGUCAUUAAAACAUAUUAAAAUAAUAUACAAAUUACAUCUUGACAAUCAUUUGACCAGAGAACAAAAUUUCAUAAGAAACUUAGUUAGAAAAUCUUACAUAAAUUAAUUAAUCACAUAGACCUAAAAGGAUGAGUAAAAUAAUCAAUUGAGCAAAAUAAAUACUUGAUGUUUAUAAGGCUCAAAAAAGAAAAGAUAUGAAUCACAGUCUGUAAUUAUAUUAUUAUUAAAUAUAAAUUAUAUUCUCUUGAAGAGAGCAAGCCAAUCGAUUAGAAGAGAGUUUAACACAAAUAAUUACUAACAUAAUACUUAUAUUACAACACCCUUUGAUGUCUACUUUGCUGAGAUAUCUCAAGGGGUCAGUUAAAAAAACACAACUAAAUGUAAAACAUAAAAUAAAAUGAACAAUUAUGACUGCAAAGUGAUAGCCUCUUAUAUUGUCCAUAUAAUAAAAUAAACUUUUGAUGGGAAAAUAUGUUGGCUAAUCUAAUAAGUGAUAAACAGCCAAUCAUAUUGUCAUUUCCAUGACAUAUACCUUUCAGCUAGGUAUAUAAAAUUUAUAUAUAUAUUUUUUUUAUUGCUGCUAGGUUUAUUUUAAGUAUAUAGUGUUUAAAAAUCAAGAAACAACGAUAAUAAAAAUUCUCUCAAGCUAAUGAAACAUACGGAAUUAAAAAGAAAAAUUUCAUUUGGAAAACUAUAUCCACAGAAAAACAAUAAAUUCACUUACACUUUAAUAAUUUGAAAAAAAUAUAUAUUUCUGGGCAAUAAUAUCGCUACUGUUAGUUCAAAAUGUCAUAUCUAACGGAAACAAUUUUACAUGUUUAUUCUCUUUGAACUAAAGGUGACAUUUAGUAGUCUGCAACUGCUGUAAGUAGUCUGCCAAAUAGAAAAAUAAUAGAGAGAAAUAAAAUAUGAAAUUAUCCUAAUAAAUUAUAAAGAAAUAAUCGUUUUGUAUGCCCUCCUUAAAAAAAAAAUUAAUUUUGACAUACGACCUUUUGCACUAACUGUAGCGAUAUGCAAAAUUUUGAAGAAAUAAUAAAAUAUCAUAAUUCAGCUAGGUUAACUAAUCAUUCAUAUCAAACAUGCACACAGCAAGCAAACUACCUUAUAGAAUAUCUUGAUGAGAUCAUAAAUAGUUGGAUUACAGUAAAAGAUAAUCCAAGCAAAGCAACCAAAACUUCAGGUGAUAAUAAAUUUCUAGAAACAAAUCCUAAUGAGUGUUAACAGAAAACAAGCUUUGUAAUAACUUAUAUUUCAUUAAUAACGAUAAGCAUAACAGAAUAUGUCUUUUAUAAGAUUCCAUGCAGAUGGCUCACAACAAAACUAAGCAGCAUUAGAGUAAUUUGAACCAAGCUGAUGAAUAGUUUUUAGAUUACGAAAUGUUAUACCUUAAAUCAACAGUCCUAACAACCAAAUAACAAUAAUGAUAGUAAAAACUGACAACAAACUACGUAGGACUGGCCUCAAUAAGGUCGAGCAGGUGUUUGAUGUUCUUGACAUGGCCAGAGAGGUGAUAGAUGGGUGCCAUAGCCUUGGAUAGCUCUUCACAUUUAGCCAUCAGUUGGUACAUAGCCUUGAUGUUAGCAUCAAUGGCAUCACAAGUCUUGCAAACGACACCUGUAUACACCUCCAAGCAGUCUACUGUCAGAGAAGAUAUGUCAUGGAGGGUAUCAGAGAGAGAUUCAGUAAGCGAGUCGACCGAGGCAGCAACAGCGCAGGCCUCUGACUCGAGGGCAGCAAGGAUCCCUCUGGGUGAGGCUAACCUUAGCUUUGCUUCCAAGUCAUCAGCUACAAAGCUAAUCAUCUGACCCUCUUUGGUCACAGUGCCCUCGAGUCUGUUUAGCAGCUCAAGCUGGCUAGGUCGACUGCCUCCAACCUCGACGACACUGCUCUCGCAGAUCUCGCUGUAAGAUGCUGUCAUGUCUUCCAUGUCCCCACUGCUCAUUUCCGCUAUAGGGCAAAAUAUGUAUUAAUAUUUAAACAAAUAUAUACAUAUAUUAAAUAGUUAACAUGUCUUCAUAUAUACAAUAUAAUUUAAGUUUAAAUAAAAGUUUUAAUCACAAAAACAGACAAUUUUCAAAAUUGAUAAGACCAAAUUAAGACAAGGUAAUAAGAAAGGAGGCUGAAAGUGAUUUAAGAAAAUGCAUAAUAGAGUUGAAGGAAAUAGUAGAUAGUAAGAAGCGAUAGAUGGAUCUAUCAAAAGAUGGAGUAGAUAAAUAAGGAAUGUUUGAGAAUAAGACUUUUUGGGCUAAAUAAUGUGACAUACCGCACACUUACAAGGCUGCAAAAUUAAUACGACUUGAUCACUAUGAAGAAUUCCAGAAAACAAACUGCAUAUCAUCAAAUCCCACCAAUAAUCAAAAGCAAUAAUGAGUUAAUAAAAUUCAAAUAUUUUUAUUGAUGUUGCCAUAUAAGUUUUUAUUAUUCAAACUAAAACUUAAAAAUGUUAGUUUUCUUUUUUAAUUAUCCAGCAUCAAUAAAAAUAAUGAAAUACUUACCAUAUAAUCUUGACAAAUAUAUUGAUCAAAGCUUAACUGAAACAAAGUUUUAUCAAGUUCCUAAAAUACUUAGAAAAUUAAGAAUUAACAUUUGAUGGCACUGUCCUUAUCAUAACCUAAAUCUGCCCUCACCAUUUUCAGUCUAGGGCCAGACUAGAGUCCUCUUCCAGUAAAUAAUGGUAAUGUUUUCUUCUAGGCAUUUGUGAUUUAACUUUAAAACAUUAAUUCUUCAAAUGUUAUGAUUUCAGUAAGUUAAGAAAACUUCAGGAAUAUACAGUUUAUCACACAUAUUUUGUAACAAUAUUUUGAGUUUUCAAAAUAAAUAAAACAUUUUUUUUUUCAAUCCUGAUGCAAUAUGGGGAAAUUACUGUAUCUGUUUUGAAUCAAUUUUUCUUUCAGAUUUUAGAACUUAUAAUUAUAAAAAUCAUGAAAUAAAAGUUGUUUUUUAAAAAAAAAACAACAGAAAAAGCUAUAAAAUUUAAGCAAUAGUAUUCAACUCUCCAAUCUAUGACUCAAACAAGAUUUUCAAGUAUUGGAAUUCUUUUGAGAAUUGGAAUGAAAUAACAUGCUGCAAGAAAGAUACGUCAUUUAUCAAGAACCAAUAAAAACAUUGGACUGAAUCUUCUGGUUCAACCAUAAUUUAAGGCUAGAUGGUGAUCUUAUGUUUUAAUAUUAACCUAAUACCUGAGAUAAUUUUUUUUUCCAAUUUUAUUAAAUCUAAAAAUUUAUCCUAUUACAAUCUUAAAAAUUAAAUUAUAUUGAUAUUUACAAUAAAUCAACCAAAUCCAUUCAAUAUAACAGUAUACUAUUAUGGAACAGAGGUUAGCAACCAAAUUACUCAAUCUAAUAUCAACAAAAUCAUAUAGUCAUGACAAGCCCCAGGUUUGGCAAAUUUAAACAAGAAAAUGUCGGAAUGUGAUGAAAUAUUGAAUUAUCUAUCAGAAUUUUAUUCAAAAUAAAAAAUCUGGCGCGCGCAACACACAACUUUCACUUACCGCUCAACUUUGAAUAGAAAUUAUUUUCUGACCAUGUUGGGCUAUUAUAAAAUUUUUGAAUUGCAUUUUUAACCGAGCUAAAGCUAAAAGCUCACAGCUAACAAAUCAUAAAUACCACUAAAAUAACUAAAGUCCUAUUUAUUACAUCACCGGUUGAUUAUGGAUUGUAUGAUUCGUUGAUUAUAGGUUGUACAACUAAUAGUUAUUAAACUGUUAUUUUCCAUUGCAAAGUUUACUAAAAUGGAAUUAAGAGAUUUGCAUUGUCUGUCAUAGACAUGUCAAAAGUUGUCACACUAAUUGUAAGUGGAUAAUGUUGGAAUAUCACAAAGGGAAAAUUCAUCAAAUUAUUCACUAAUUUAAUUUUCUAAAAGGUUACAUGAUGAUUUUUCGGAAUAAACGGACGAUAGAUACCUAAUUAUUUAAAUAUAAUAUCAGAUCUAGAGUUAUUAAACUACAGAAAUAUAUUUAAAGUUAUAAACCAUGAAAUAUUUUUAUAUUUGACUUCUUCUUUCACACAAGUACAAUGAAAUAGUAUCUUAAACAAUGUCAUUGCCUUGAUUAGGUGGAUUUUAAAUACUUUUUUCAAACCUAAAAAUAUUUUAAAAGUUUACAUUUAGUUAGUGAAUUUCAUUCAAUUUCCUUGAAAACAUGUGAUUUAUGUUAAAUAUUAUUAGCUUUCAAAAAUUAUUAUUUAUAAUUUUUUUGCCACUCUCCGUUACCUUCUACAACUUUCUAUAUUAAAUAUUGUUUUUUUUAUAAUUCUCCACUUUCCAAUGAUACCUUCUCACUAGUAUUUCCAGAAAUUUUCGACCUGGAUAAGCAUUUUUAUUUUUUUCUCUUUUAUUUAAUUAUCAAAUUCUUUCAAAAGUUAUAUUCAGCAUUUUUUCGUAACUCUUAAUAAUGAGAAAUAGUUAAUUAUUUAAAAAAACCAUAUUAAAGGUACUUUACAGGAAGACAUAUAUGAACAUUGGGCAUUUAAGCCCUGUAAAGUGACAUCAAUGGGGAUAAGACCUAAAUGAUAUUAAACAUCACUUAAUUAUACAAUGAUACACCGAGUUUAAUCAAAAUCGUUAAGAGCCAUUUUUGAGAAAAUUGUAAAAAUGUGUAUCACCGUUCAUACAAAGUGGCAUUUCCGGUUAGCCGAUUUCAAGGAAAAAGUUGCUGUCACAUCUAAGGCAUAUACCUAUCUUAAAUACAUAAUAUCAGUUUUGUGCGACUUUUAGUUUUUGAGCUAGACUGUUCACAUACACAUUGUACAUUUUGCAGGACUUGAUUAUUUGGACUCAGGGUACCUCAAAACAUGUAUUUCCAUUGAAAACUCAGAUUCGAAAAUUCUCAUGAUCGCAAUACUUUCCCUUACUAUAUAUUACAUAUAUAAGUAAGUGAAAGUAAAAAUAACUUGAUGCUUCAUAAAAUAAAAAUUGUAAUAAAUCCAAGAUGAGGGAAAGGCUCUUCAUUUAAAUUCAUAGGAUUUAAAAAGAAAAACAAUUUUGUCUUUAUUAUUUAUUUUUAGUUUUUAAUGUAUUUAUAAUUUGUUUCAGGUGUAUUCUGUUAUAUAUGGUAAAAAAACUUUUUAAAUAUUAAUUAUGCUAAAAUAAGGAAAAAAAACUCUAAAACAGACAUUAUUAUAAUUAACAUUAACAAAACAUUUUCUAGGAAUCAGGAAAAGUAUGUCUUUCUGAGCCAACAAAAGUUUCGACGUUUGGCCAUUGUGUGUAUUCUCUAUCCAGCGCAACUGUAGUGCGAAAUAUAUUCAAAAUGUAUUUUUUCCAUUCAAUAAUUAACAGCUAACACAAAUAGGUGAAGUUAUUAAUUUUAUAACCUAUAUAAUAUCUCACCCAAUUUCUUAUAUGUGUACAGCAGAAACAGUAUUCAGGUUAAUACUUACUAUUUGAGCUCUGUACGCUACUUACCUUACUGUAUUUAUCAUAUAUGAUAAAUUGUAAAUUAAUCGGCAUUUUAAAUUAAUUUAUAAAAACUAAAAUUUGGAAUCAAAGAAACAAGUCAUGUACAGAUAAAAAUUAAGCAUGUUAUAAGACUUUAAAUGAAGAAAGUUGCCAACCUGUGUUCCAUAUAUUUACAAACUGAAAAAUUCAUUACCUCUCUCCUAAAGAACCCGGCAGUAACGGAAGGAAUCCUCUAAAACUGGACAACAAUUUACUUCCUACGAAAGAUCAACAACAUUAUAUUUCAGUAUUUAUAAUUCCUUUUCUACUUUGUAAGAUGGCUGUUUAAAAAGAAGCGAUAGUUCAAAAGAGAAAGAAAAACAGGGCGCAGUUAAUAUCAUUGUUGCCCUGAACUUAGAGGAGAACCAGCCACUACUGGACGCCACUGCUCCCUACAUAUAUUGAUUAGAUAUAAUCAAGGAAGCAUAUUACAUUAUGUAAGCAUGUGUUAAAUUAUUACAUAAACUAAAACUAAAACAUGCUUAUUUACAAGGCGUUGGAAGAUAUAGAUAUUCCAAUAUUGCCUGUUCCAACACCAAAUUGUAAUAACUCUCAUACAUAAUUUAAAUUUAAGUUGAUUAAUAUUUUCAACAGGCUGGUUACAGGAGAUGAUGCGUAGCAGAAGCAGCCAAUAGAUAUAGAAGAGGUAGCGUCAUACCACCAACCACCAUGACAGUUAGCAUCUACUGUUUCUGUUAUCUCGACGCUAUAAAUAUUGAAAAAUGUUUCAGUAUACCUUGUUCUUAUGGCCGUCAAACAUGUAUGCUCUCACUUCUUCAUCGGCUUGAAUCACAGAAUCAUCAGAGCGCUCUGACUCUUGUCUUGUUCUUGGUCGGUAGCUGUCUAUUCCGAUUCUACUAUCUACCUUCCUUUCAACCUUUCUAGCAUUACUUCCCCUCCUAGGAGAAACCUGUUUAACUAACUUUGCAGAACUGAGGUGUUCCUUUGAGAGAGAAAACUGUUUACUUUCUCGACUGUUAUCUAAUCUAGAGCUAAGGCUGUGGCUCGUCUUUACUGUUGAGCUCGUCUGUGUAGUUUUUCU